AUGGCAACCAACAGAGUUGUGCUCAUCUCUGCGGCUCCGACGGAAGACGUUACUGUUCCCUCGGACGCACCUCACGAGAACAGUUGGUACAAUGGGAGGGAUUUUGACGGCUACCGAGUUACCGAGCAAUUACUCUUUGAGAGACGAAAGAUUCGAGUCGUCUGUGUAGGGGCCGGAGCCACGGGUCUUCAAUUCGCGUACAAAGCAGAACGUGCCCUGAAAGACGUGGAUCUGCAGAUCUACGAAAAGAAUAGCGACAUCGGUGGAACCUGGCUAGAGAAUCGAUACCCUGGGUGUACGUGCGACAUACCCUCUCAUUCGUAUCAAUUCACGUGGGCAAAGAAUCCCAAUUGGUCAAGAUUCUACUCUGGAUCGGAAGAAAUAUGGCAAUAUCUUAAGGAUGUUGCAACCAAAUAUGACUUGGAGAAAUACGUUCAGUUUAAGACAACUGUCGAGUCAGCCACUUGGGACGAAGAAAGUGGACUUUGGCGAUUGCGCGUCAUCGCUGCCGACGGUUCAUGUUUUGAGGAUACUUGCAACAUCCUUGUUAAUGGGUCAGGAGUCCUGAAUGAGUGGAAAUGGCCCAACAUUCCAGGUUUAGAUGUGUUCAAGGGAAAGCUCAUGCACUCAGCCAAGUGGGACAGUGAUUAUGAUCUGAAGGGGAAGACCGUCGCCGUGAUUGGAGGCGGGUCGUCCGCAGUACAGAUUAUUCCGUCAAUACAACCAACUGUCGGGAAGUUGUACGCGUUUCUGAGGUCACCAGUCUGGAUCACGACUGGGUUUGGUGCUAAGUACGCCGGGCCAGGUGGAACGAACUUCUCGUACUCCGAAGAGCAAAAGGAAGAAUGGAGAAAGCACCCGGAAAAACAUGCGCAGUACUGUCGAGACGUCGAGGGCGAGCUCAACAAGAGGUUUACCUUGAUGCAUCUCAAAGCCAAAGAUCAGAAAGUAUCCCGAGAUCUGGUGGCGGACAUCAUGAAAGAACAGCUCGGCCAUGAUGAGACUCUAACCAAGCACAUGGUACCACCAUUCGCUCUUGGCUGCCGAAGAAUGACUCCUGGAUCUGGGUAUCUGCAAUCUUUGACGGCAGACAACGUACACGUCGUCCCAAAGUCAGCUACAAGAUUAACAGAAACUGGUAUUGUAGGCGAAGACGGGGUUGAGCACCAGGUCGAUGUUGUCAUUUGCGCGACAGGCUUCGACACCUCUUUUACGCCACAUUUCAAGGUCUAUGGUCGGAACAACGCAGAGAUCCAUGAGCAGUUUGGUGACUUUCCAAUCGGGUAUCUAGGCAUUGCAGCCGAGAACUUCCCCAACCUGUUCCUUCUGAUAGGACCCAAUGGGCCGGCAUCUCACUCCAGCAUUCUACCAAUUUUGGAAUGGUACACUCGCUACAUCUUCCAGGUCAUUGAAAAGAUCCAAACGGAGCGCAUCAAGGCUGUCGAACCAAAGAAGGAAGCCAUCAAGGAUCUAUACAACCACACUCACGAGCUGAUGAAGCGAUUGGUCUGGUCGUCCGCCUGCCGAUCGUGGUUCAAGAAUGGCAAAACACACGGUCCAGUUACUGCCAUCUAUCCGGGCAGUCGACUGCAUUUCUUCGAGAUUAUGAAGAAUGUAAGGUGGGAGGACUAUAACAUUACAUACAUGUCGGAGAACAGAUUUGCCUUUAUGGGCAACGGCUAUACACAGACUGAGGUGGACCCUGAAGGAGACCCUGUCUGGUAUUUCGAUGACCCGUUCACCAAGAUUUAG